GCAAGUUAUGAUUGGAACACCUUGACAAACAAGGUUUUCCUCGUCUUCCAAAUUUCCCUAAAAAAAAACAAGAGCCAUUGAUGCCUUGAUCCCAAUUCCGCACAUAAUAAUGAACAAUUACCAGAUAGCACCCCAAGACCCUUAUUAUCCUCCUCCAGGCUACGCCCCUCCUUAUCCCCCACCACAGGGUUACCCGCCACCGGGUUACCCGUCAGCGCCGCCGCAGCCUCCGCCGGGGUACGUGCCGUAUCCGCCGCCGCAGUACGAAGGCUACCAAGGCUAUUUCAAUCACGGGUAUCCUCUGCCACCCCCUCCCAAUUACCACUGCCAUCACGCUCAGCACCAUCACAAUGAUAACCCCGGUUUUACUUCUUUCUUGCAAGGCUGCUUGACAGCAUUUUGCUGCUGUUGUUUGCUAGAGGAGUGUUGCUUGUUCUGAUAAUCAUAUUAAAAGAUGUAUCUGCAGUUUGGUGUACUUGGUUGGUUAUAGCUCUCCGGAUAAAUGGUGCUCUAAUUGUCUUGAUAUGUGCGGGACCUGGCUAGUGUUGCUCAUUCUUGUAACUCCUGGUUUUUACCGUUGCCCUCACUCAUCUCUGGGCUGUUCAUAGAUUGUGAUGUUAUCUUUGUGAAUUUCUUUGUAUGGGUGCUUAAUGUACAUUGGCAAUUGUAAAAAACAGUCAUUUAUGUGGAAUAGCAAACUAAUAUAUUAUGGUUAUUCCCUGCUAUCA